AUGUUAUACAAAUCAAUUGCAUCAAUGGGAAGUGUUAAAUCAACCCAAACAAAUAAGUCAAUGUCAAACUUUAAAGUUAGUGCUAAUCAAGGUACUUCCCAAAGUGACGAUAGAUCUCAAUUAUUGGGUUUAUCUUUGAAUCUUGGCUCACUUUUAGAUCUUUAUGUCAAUAUUUAA